AACAUUGUACGGCGUCACAAAUGAAAGGUUUUAUCGCUUUUGUGCUGUGCCUAGCUUUUGCAAAUGGCCAUAUUCUACAUACUGAGUAUGAGCAGCAGUGGCAAGCUUGGAAAACUUUUUACGAGAAAAAAUACAGCACAGACACUGAGGAAGAAGCGCGCUAUGCGAUUUGGAGAGACAAUCUGAGGGUACGUUAAACAUACUUUUUCCCCAGGAUUAUAAGAUUUAAAUCCAGGAACAAAUUACUCUUCCACGCCUCAUAUCGCUUAGAGAAGAUGCUUCUUUCCACAUGGCAACAGACUGACAACGGAAACAAUACGUUUCUAUCAGGUCAUCUACAGAUGACAGAUAUCCCAGGACUUGGACAGGCACGUACUAAAUUAUAAAACUUCAUAGCCGCUGCUUUUUUAUACCACAAAUCUCUUGUAAAAAUUCUGUAUUCCUCUUAAUAGUAAUGCUUAAACUGACUCCACUGAAACUUGCCCUUUCGUUUGAGGGAAGACUGACUUUCAAGUGUGCGGAACAAGCGGGGUAAAUAAUGGUACAGAGUGACAAUUUUGUAAAUAAACCCACACUAAAGUCGAUUAUCUGUGUAGGCCUAUGCGAAAUACCCUCUUUGGGAUUCAAAACAUCGCCACACUGAAUAGUUUAACACGUUAUGGAUGGAUGUGGGCUAGAUACCAUCACCUGCUUUCGUUUUUCUUCGUUAUGUGAAGGAAAGAGGAUGCUUGAUUGGAAUUUUACUCCGAUACAAACGAACCGGAACUCCUACCAGGAGAUACCUAGCCUGAGUAUCAGGCCUUCCUAAGGGGCUAGGGGAGAGGAGAUUAUAGGUCGGGGAGGGGGGAGGGGGAGAAGAGAAAGGAAGAAAGAAACUAGAGCGUAUCUAAGGUCACCUGGUUCUUAAUUCAAAUUUUGACUGACAAGUGUCAAAGACAAUGAACCCUUUCAAAAAUGUAGUUUUCGCCAGUUUUCUUUACAGGACGAGAGAUUUGGGGGGGAGUGGGGCGCAAAAGAAGGGUGAAAAGCGUCCUCAAUUCUUUUCGUAUCUUCUUCGUCUAUGUUGUGGAUGACAUCCCAAGAGAAAGAUCUCUACUGGGGGGUUGGGAGUGAAAGAGAAUAAUACUCUUCUUGAUAUAAUUCUGCAUUUAUAGAAAAAGGCCGUUUAUCACUUACGUCCCUGAGUAACUACAACUUAAAGCAUAGACUUGCUACAAGUUGACCUUUCGUAAGUUCCUAAAACGCAGCGAGCGAUAAAAAGGGAGCUUCGAUGAGGUUGCGCAGCGACAGAGCGAGCGACGCCGAAGUCUCAAGGUUGACUUGUUUCGCUUGAAUUGCAUAACCAACCAGGAAAAGAAAGUAAAAGGACUUUUUGAAAGUAUACUCGUAAAGCCGGUCAAAAAUUUUGUUCCUCUUUAUCAUUUUAAGAAAGUUCAACAGCACAAUUCUGAAGGACAUUCAUACACUUUGGCCAUGAAUCAGUUUGGUGAUCUUACAGUGGAUGAAUACCGCUAUUUCUUCCUGGGACUGCGUUCUUAUUUCUCUAAUGGGACAAAAGGUUCAACUUUCCUCCCUCCCAGUGGGGUCACUCUACCUACUACAGUGGACUGGAGAACUAAGGGAUACGUCACUCCUGUAAAGGAUCAAGGUACGUAUUAUUAAAUCCGUAUAUACUGCCCUGUUUCCGACGCGACGUUUUUUCAAGGGCGGCAUUUAUUUAAAAUCACAUGUCUUAAAUAACAUUGAAAACAGAUACCAUAAAUCAUUCGCAAUUAUUAUGCAAAACGGAAGGAUGUGUUAAGGUCGAAUGUCUCGCUUUUUUGUUGAUAUGGAAUCGUAAUUGUCAGGAUGGUGUAGAUUACCAAGUUGUACCGAGUGUUUUUUCUUAUUGGGUGCGGUCUUUAUUUGAGGUCGGUGUUUACUGGUAAUUACGCCUUCUACGGAAUUAAAUCACGGUAUUUCUGCGUCAUAGAAAGGUUUACUGAGCCGUUUAGUGUUUUUUCAUUGUUAUUAUUUCUUUCUAUUCCGAAGCAUUCUUAUUUGGUUUGCUAAUGCGGUCGCAUGUCAGUCACCCACAUAUAUCCCGAGUGGAUCAAUUUAGGUUUUUGGGAAACUGCCUACUUCCGACUCCCCUAAGCCAUCAUUUUACCCUAAGUGAGAAGUUAGUGUAAAUGUUAGCUUAGGGGAGGGGUAGGUGGGCAGUUUCCCAGUGAAUUGAUCCAAACUACACAGCGAAAAUUUAUAUCUUCACACGGCCGAAAACUACUGCUAGAGGUACAAGUUUAAAUUUUGCUGUCAUAGUUUGAAAUUUUAAGGUAGAAAUUGUUAUUUGUAUUUAGUGCUAAUAAAUAAGUUGUUGCUUUACACUCUAUUUAAUCACGAACCCGAAACUAUUUUUAGGUCAGUGCGGCUCUUGCUGGGCUUUCAGUGCGACAGGAUCACUGGAAGGACAGCACUUUAAGAAAACUGGAAACCUUGUCUCACUCAGCGAACAGAACCUUGUUGACUGCUCCACAAGUUACGGCAACUACGGCUGUGAAGGAGGAUUCAUGGAUAAUGCUUUCAAGUACAUCAAAGCCAAUGGUGGCAUUGAUACUGAGAAAAGCUAUCCGUAUGAGGCUAGGGACGGACCAUGUCGAUUUCGACAGGCCUACGUGGGAGCUACAGACACCGGUAAGAUUUACUACGACAUGAGAGGGCUUUAAUAAAUACCAGCUAGUUCAAAUUCCGGCUUUUUUUAUAGAAAUCAAAACUUACCUUUUCGAAAAUUUCAGCCCAAAAAAAGGCUAUCGAAAAUUCUGGGUGACCUUUUCAGGGUAAAAAUCUAUCAAAAAAGGGCAAUUAUAUCAGGUGUUAGAUGUUCGAAAAUCCUAGGAGAGGCAGGCAAGCAAGAAAUUUUAUAACAAUGUUCCGAAAAUUGUAGAUCUCAAAUCGUCUUCCGAACAGAUAUUUUCCGAAAAUUGACGUAGGGUGCCCCUGACUAAAGCUCUCUGGAAUCGCGCCGAAAGGGCCAAAUCCUAGGAGCCAAAUAUAAGCUAAGAACACAGCGUGGAUAAAACAAGGAGAAAAACUAAGAUAGUAUCAUGUAUAUUUCUUGCUAUUUUUAUGCCGUAAAUAAAGAUAGCUAAAAUCCCUAUACAAACCCCUAUAAUUUCUGUUAUGACUGUCACUCGUGAGGGUACUUGUGUGAAAACUAGCAGUAAGACGCUCGUAAUUGAGGAAGCCAGACAGGUAAAGGUAAAGGCGCACAAGAGCCAAAGGCCCAAACGGCCGAAGCUUAUCCCGGUUUCUUUAGCAUGAAGCAUACCUAGGAGUAUUGCUAGACCCCCUGGACGGGAUGCAAGUCCAUCACAGGGUUAUCCCCCAGCAGUAUGUCCCCGGUACCCAUUUAUACACCUGGGUGAAGAGAGACAAAGUGCAGUAAAGUUCCUUGUCUAAGGAAACAACGUGACAGGCGAGGCGCGGCUUGAAUCCCGGACCUCCAGAUCUAGAGUUCGAUGUGUUAACCGCUCGGCCACGCACGCCUCCAUGGAAGCCAGAUAAUGCUGAAACAAUUAAGCAAUAGAAAACGUUUUCCGUGUUUGCAUAGCCUGAUAUAAACACGAGAGGGUUUGGGAGAAUUUGAGACAGUUAUGCAAACCCGAGAUGAAGUCGAGGGUUUUGCAUAACUGUCAAGAAUUCUCCCAACGCCUCUAGUGUCUUGGGCAUGUUCUUGUUUUGCAAAAAGAUGAUUUCCAAAAUACGGAUUUUUCACUCUCAAAUGUCAGCUUACGCGAAAAAAAAUUGACACACCUUCUUUGUAACGAUUUUCCAAGUUUCAGCCGACGAAGGAAUGGGUAAAUAAAGUAAACUUGUCGAGUGUUGAACUCGAAAACUUUUUCAUAUUCGUUCUUGCGUUAUUUGCGCGCGAAAACCAAUACAUCUUGACGCCACAACCAUGUUUACAUAUUCUCAUGCAAACACUCCUCUCGGCCAAUCAGAGCGCACGUACUAUCUUAGUUAUUUUAUAAAAGGUAAUGAUUAUCCGAAGAACUUUUCGAUUUGUCAGUAGAAGAUUACACAGUGUAAAACUGAAAUAACUUAGUGGAUUCACUUGGUAGAAUUGACAGAACUGAGUAUUAUGUGGGUGAAAUUCUUGGAUCUGAUCAUUGAAAGUAAAACCUCUUUGACAGCACCUCAUACCGUAGGAUUUGCGCAAAAAAAUUGAGAAUUUUUUUUUUCUGUUUUCUUACUGUAUUCUAACAGGAUACAUGGACAUUACCCCGCAUGGAAGCGAAGAAGCUCUUCAGACUGCUACUGCCACAGUAGGCCCAAUCUCUGUUGCAAUUGAUGCUAGCCACGGCUCGUUUCAGCUCUACCACAGUGGUGUUUAUGACGAACCGUAAGUGUCUUCUACAAGCCAGCCUUAAAGUUUAUUGAACACUCUUAUUCCGGUCUCUUAUAGUUGAACAAAAAACAAAUUCAUAAAUAACAGAAGGAUAUUUCAUAUAUCCAAGUAUCCCUGUAUGCUUUAAUAUUUGAAGGGCAGUAAUUAGAGAAGUUCUGUUUCACUAACUUUUCGAGGUUCUUUGGAUAUUUUCCGAAUAUUUCUCGACGGUUGUUACAAUGGUUCUUCUCCGAAUACUUUCCGAAAUACUUCGUUAUGGUAAGAAAAUAGCUCUCUUAUCUCUCUUAUAAGAAGAAUUAUGGUGGUUAUGGCAAAUAUAUACAUUUUUACGCUACGAAAACAAAGGCGAGGGAAGGAGACAAAAUAUUGAAGCGCAAGAAGGACAAAUGAAAUACGCUUGGAUUCUUUCUUCUUAUCCUCUUCUUCUAAUUUCAAUCUCAAACUAAAAGAGCACGUUUCCAUCUAACGUUCACAUCAUUGUCUUCGUUAACAAACUGAAAUGAAUUAUUCACCAUUUUCACAUUUAAUACUCCUCCCCCAUAAGAAAGAAAAAACAAUUCACCAUUUUUGCAUAGACCAUAAUGCACCUCGUUUACCGCCCAACACUUUGCGUAACCAUUGUUUUCGAUUUCUCUUGGGACGAUUGUAAUACCCUGGAGAAAUUGGAAACAAUGGUUAUGCAAAAUUCUGGGGGGUAAACAAGGUGCAUUAUGGUCUAUGUGAAAGUAGUGAAUUGCAUUGACAUUAUCUUCAAUUUCGCUUGUGAGUGGGUGAAAAACAGACCGAGGAACAAAUUUUAAAAAAACGAGGGGAUGCGAGGGCGAGGGCACCUUUUCACUUUCCUCGUCUCUUCCGCUUCUUUUUUCCUCCGCUCUUCAUUUCGCGCCACUUUCCAUUAUCUGAACAACUGGAACAGGCUAGUAAUAGCCAAGAGAAAUUGGAUAUAAUUGCUAUACGCAAUCGUUUGGGGGGAGUGUGUUAGCCUGCAAUCAUCCCCCUUGGCGGAGGUUAACAAGAUGUAUCAUGGGUAAUGUGAAAAAUGAUGCAUCUUUUUUAUUUAUUUACUUGCAGAACAUGUAACAGCACUGUACUGGACCAUGGUGUUCUUGUUGUUGGGUACGGUAUAUAUCGUGGCCAGGACUAUUGGUUGGUCAAGAACUCCUGGAACACAACGUGGGGAAUGAAAGGCUACAUCAUGAUGUCGAGGAACAAGGAUAAUCAAUGUGGAAUUGCCACGGAAGCCAGCUAUCCUCUUGUUUAAUGUUGCAAAUUGAAAAGUAGAAAGGCUUUGUAAGAUAGUUUUCUUUGA